AUGUCAGGGGAGCUGCCAUCAGCUCUGAGCAACUGCACAAAUCUCAUAACAGUUGACCUCAAGGCAAACCAAUUCAGCGGAGAACUUACCAAAGUCAACUUUGUAAGCCUGUCCAAGCUAAGAAAAUUAGAUCUUCUUUUCAACGACUUCACUGGCACAAUUCCGGAAAGCAUAUACUCCUGCAGCAAGCUGACUGCACUAAGGCUAUCUUACAAUCAUUUCCAUGGCCAAUUGUCAGAAAAGAUAGGCAAUCUGAAGUCUCUCUGCUUUCUAUCACUUGUUAACCUAUCCCUUACAAAUAUCACGAGAACACUUCAGAUCCUUGAGAGUUCCAGGAGCCUCACCACCCUUUUUAUUGGGUUCAACUUCCUGCAUGAGACCAUGCCAGAGGAUGACAGCAUUGAUGGUUUUGAGAAUCUUCAAGUUCUUUCUAUGAGUUAUUGUUCAAUGUCUGGGACAAUACCUGAUUGGUUAUCAAAGCUCACAAAUUUGGGGAUGUUAUUUUUGCAAGGCAAUCAACUAACUGGACCAAUACCUGACUGGAUUAGCACCCUAAACUUUCUCUUCCAUCUAGACAUAUCAAACAACAGUUUUACAGGGGAAAUUUCAACUGCCUUAGCGGAGAUGCCAAUGCUAAAAUCAUAUAAGAUUGCAGCAAAGGCCAUCUUUGAGCUGCCUGUUUAUGCUUUCAGUCCAUUUAUCCAAUACCUCCAACCCGGUGCUUGUCCGGAAGUGCUUAAUCUAGCCAUCAAUAAAUUGACUGGUGUGAUCCCAGGGGAGAUCGGUCAACUAAGAGCACUCUUUUCACUUAAUUUGAGCUCCAACAAAUUAUCAGGAGAGAUCCCAGAACCAAUCUGCACCCUCACGAAUCUGCAGAUGCUCGACUUGUCCAGCAAUCAUCUUACUGGUACAAUUCCGGCCGCACUAAACAAUCUGCACUUUCUUUCCAAAUUCAACAUUUCUAAUAAUGACCUCGAAGGCCCUAUUCCAACUGCGGGCCAGCUUAGCACGUUUCCAGAUUCUAGCUUUGAUGGAAACCCAAAAUUGUGUGGUCCUAUGAUUGUAAACCAUUGUGAUUCAGCAGAAGCGGGUCCAGAGUCCAUCAACACCAGCAAAGAGAUUGGCAGUAAAGUCAUCUUUGCAAUCGCCUUUGGUGCUUUCUUUGCAGUAGGAGUCCUAUAUGAUCAGAUGAUCUUAGCCAGAUAUUUUGGCUAA